AUGGUGGACUAUGAUGGAGAGGGGUUAAGCCUGCCCAACUUUGCCUGGCCGCGGCUGCGCGACGCCGUGGCGAACAACCCGGAGCUACCUUGGGACAUCCUCCUGGCAGUGGCGUUGCUGGAUGCGCAUGCAGGCGAGGGGGGAGUAUUCUGGGAGGACUACACGCGCGAGCUGCUGCCCAAGCCUGGGCAGCUGUCGCUGCCCUUCUGCCUGCCUCCAGAGCUGCUGGAGCAGCUGCAGGACCCGGAGAUCAUCAGAGGGGCCCAACAGCAGCAGGCACGGCUGGCAGAGAUGCUGCCAGAGCUUGCGCAGCCGAUCGAGCCCGGCAUUUGCACGCGGAUGCAGUGGGCCUUCGCGUGCGUGCGCAGCCGCACGUUCCGGCUCGGCCCGGCAUGCCACGCGUUCGUGCCUUUCAUGGACAUGACCAAUCACUCGCUGCCACCUGUCGCUGCGUUCCGGCCGCAUCAAGGCGCUGUCGAGCUUUUGGCUGUAGUGGAUGCAGAUGAGGGAACCGAGGCCACCAUCAGCUAUGCCCUGGCCGACGGGUGCAUCAAUCAGCGGCUCAUGCAGGUGUACGGGUUUGUCAUUGAGGGGGGCAACCCUGCGGAACGGCUGCCCUUUGGACCUGAAUCUGACUCAGACGCACCAGACAGGCCCUCAUCCUCUGGAGAUACGCUCAGCUUGCAGCGCAUAGAGUAUCUCCUGGGGGACCAGGUGUUUCUGGAGAUGCUGUCUGGGAAGCACCCCUACCUCACAGCCGCCAUAAAAUCUCUACCGCUGGGAGAGGGGGGUGGCGGCACUACGUUGGAAGAGGACUGUGGUCUCAGGGAUGCAGCCUCAGAUCAGCGCCGAGCAGCAGUGCUAGCGUAUAGGAUAGAGCGGAAGGCGCUCGCAAAGACAGCACAUGCCUUGCUAAAAUCUUACAUUGCCGACAGGGGCGAUCAACGACAGAUAAACAGCUGA